AUGUUGAUGACGUCAUUUCCAAGCGACUCCCGCGCGCUAUUUGGUGGCGAGAGUUGACGGCGGUGAAAGCAACGGGAGCUUUUGAGUUAGUUGAGCGGACAAUUACUUUCUUCUCCGGAUAACUGGGCGUCACGGCACCGAUGUUUUCUCCGCGUUCCGGCCCGAGCUCGACCCGGCGGCAGCAGAACAGAACUCCGGCCGGGAGAAGGUCCGGCAGCCUUCUGCUCACCCCGCGCAGGACAAGACCAACACCCAGUCGUGAGCAGAGCCAUGCCACCUCCGACGGUCUCAACUACGACCUGCAAACGUUCGGCUCUUCGCUUCCAGUCAAAGUGAUGGAGGCGCUGAACGUGCUCGAUGGUGAGGAGCGGAUCUCGGUCAAAGUGAGCGAGAGCGGCUGGGCCUGGCUGGUUUGCGGGGACAGACUCAUCAUCUGGAAAAUCGGCCAGACGCCUGUCGCUAAGCUGUGCGCGUGCAAGGAGCUCCAGCUGCCCGCCAGCCAGUUCGACCACACGGCCGAGCGGGUGGCCGUGACGUCGGCCGGACCGCUGGACGCGGCCCCCGCGCAGGCCGUGUCCGCGCUGGCCGUGUCGGCCGAGGGCGCCGCCCGCUUGUGGCCCAGCUUGUCGCAGGAGGGCAACUACGCAGAGGCUGACCUGGACCUGGGAGACCCGUGCGCCUUCGUGCUGGCCGUCAGCGGCGGCAGCUUCGUGGUGUCCUCGGCCACGGGUCGCAUGCUGCGCGUCGGGGCCGACUCUUCCGGAAGGCUUCAGCAUCGAGCGCUGCAACGGGGCCAGGGUGUGUUGUCGGGCAUCGGGCGUAGAGUGUCCAGCCUGUUCGGCAUCCUGUCGCCGCCCGCCGACGACGCCCUCCGCGGCGUGCUGUGGGUGAGCGCGAGCGGCUGCCUCUACGCGCUGAGCGACUCCCGCCUCAGCAAAUGGGAGGUGGACGAGAGGGGGGAGCAGCAGACGAUCAGCUGGGACGUCCAGCGAGCUCUGAGCGAGAGCAUCGCCGACGCCAUUUGGGGCUCAGAGGCCAACUACGAGGAGAUGCGCGACGGCGUCCACGUGACCUUUCUGGACGUGAAGCUCAGCCAGAUCGGGCUGGUGGUCCUGGCCGCCGCCCGGCACCCGUCCGACACUCCCUGCCUGGUCUACUUCUGCCUGGUCACCCUGCAGGACCUCGGCGCCGCCAUCUCCAACCAGUUCACCGUGGAAGUCACUAACUACAACCCCCACUUUCAGAGUGAGUCCCAACUGUGCGCCACGCGUCUCCUGUUGCCCCCUUCCCCCGGCGCCACCGCCUUCCUCUACAACGAGGAGCUGGUCUUCGCCUGCUCCACGGGAAGCGGCAGGGCGGCCCCCCCCGACGAGAGGAUCCCUUUCAACUCUUCCGGUGACGGCGUGCGCGGCGGCGGCUGCUGCGCCAACCUGCCCGUCUUCUUCUCCCAGAAGAGCGGUCUGGUCGCCGUGGUGGCCCGGGAGAGCCCCUCCGUCCUGCCCGAGACCGUGGAGGACUCGCUGUGCUCGUCUCUGGCGGCACCGGAGGCGUCCGCCGCGAUGGAGCGGCCCGGCCGAGCUGAGCCAAUCGCUCCGGAGGACAAAGCCAAAUUUCUGAAGGCGGCCUUCUUGCAGUUCUGCCGCAACGACGUCCUGGGCGCCCAAGCGCUUACCGACGAGCUCUUCCCGGCCGGUGACGACGCGGCGGAGGGCGGGGAGCUGGACGCCAUGGUGGCCCAGAUCGACCUGGACCUGCUGGACGACUACCCGGCCUCGGACCCCCGCUGGGCUGAGUCUGUGCCUGACGAGAGUGCUGGCUUCCCGCUGACCUCCCUCAUCAUCCUCCAUCAGCUGGAGGACAAGAUGAAGGCCCACAGUUGCUUCAUGGACUUCCUGCUGCAGGUGGGUCUCCUGGAGCGUCUGGGCCGCGUUUGGGUGCGCUCGUCGCCCAUGUCCACGCGGCUGCUGCUGUGCGAGCACGCCGAGAAGCUGCAGGCGGCCGUGGCGUUGAAGAACCAGCACGCCAAGCACGGCGAGCUGGUCAACCGGGCCAUCGCCGCGGCGCUGCGCCGGAACGACGCGGCCGUGCCGCCCAGCCUCACGGGGGCCGACGUCUUCUUCCGGGAGGUUUCGCAAAUCUCCACCAUCUUUGAAUGUCUUCUGGAGGAAGAGGAGAGGAGCUUGAGGGAGAACCCGGUGGACUCGGUGCAAUGGGCCGAGGGGGUUCUGACCGUCAACGGCAUCAUCAAGGAUAUGCUUCACGCCGCGGGUCAGUACCGAGAGACGAAGGCGUCUACGUACAGAGCGUCCGAACACGCUGACGUGGACGCCGAGUACAUCCCGUGGACGGCGCUGGGCGGCGCCGGCGGCGUCCGCACGGUCAUCUGCCGCCAGUGCGAGCUGGUCCUGCGCUCCGUGUACCCCCACGCCGACUCGGAGCUGCGUAGUGUGCUGUGCGAGCAGCUGGUGGCGCUGUUGGACUUUUACCUGGCCGGCUACGUGGCCCAGCUCAACUCCCUGAAGCAGCGGCGGCGGCAGCAGCAGGGACAAGAGCGCUACGACAGUCUAGAAAUGGAGUAUGGUCAGCGGCGAUCGGAGCUACUGGCACCACUACUGGAGCUGGGCCAGUACCAGUGGGCGGCGGCGCUGGCCGAGAAGUAUUGCGACUUUGACAUCCUGGUCCAGAUGUGCGAGCUGACCGACAACCAGAGCCGCCUGCAGCACUACAUGAGCAAGUUUGCCGACCAGAAUUUUGCCGACUUCCUGUUCCGCUGGUACAUGGAGAAGGGCAAGAGAGGCAAACUUUUGUCGCAGCCGACCGCUCAGCACCAGCAGCUGGCCGGAUUCCUGCGAGCGCACCAACACCUCAGCUGGCUGCACGACAUCCACGUCCAGGACUACCAAGCUGCCCACCGGACGUUGGUCAAGCAGGCCGACGCCGAGACGCGUUACUUUGCCAAGAAAAAGACUCUCCUGGCUCUCGGCAAACUGGCGGCGCUGGCGUCCGAUCUUGCGGCGGACCAGCUGGCCAAACAAGUCGACGAAAUUGUGGAGCAGGAGCGCUUCCUGCUGCACCAGGAGACCUUGCCCAGGCAGCUUCUGGAGGACAAGCAGCAGAACCCCGACGCCAUGUCGCUUCUCAGCGCUCGCCAGCUGGUGCAGCUUUACAUCUGCGACGACAACCGCAGGGCCAACGAGUACGACUUCAAAAAGGCUUUGGAUCUCCUGCGGUACAUCGAUGAGGACGACGUCGACGACGGCAACGUCCACUCGCUCAAGUGUCAAAUCUUGGGAAAAGUUCUCCGGAGAGACGAUUGGUCAUCUGUCGACGGCAACGACGACCCCCUGGAGGCCGCCAAGGACAGCAUCUUUGUCAAGAUCCUCGCCAUGCUGGCUCAGGAAGGUGUCCGGCUGCAGACGUACCUGCCAGAGGUCAAGGAGCUGCUGGAGCUGGACGAGCUGAGCGCUCUCAAAUCCAAACCCUACUUCGAGUUUGUGUUGCGAGCAAAUUACGAGCAUUACCUAGAGGCGCAGAUGUGAAUGCCCGACUUGAGAUUCCCCCCCCCCCCAACCCUAUCCCUUCUCAAUAAAAAUGGAGCCGUUUGUUUCA